AUUGCAGAAAUAUCCGGUUCGUUUGGUGAUAUGGCUACUCUGCUCCCCAUUCUGCUUUCACUGGGCAAAGCCGGUCAAAUAUCCAUUACUUCUUCCUUGGUUUUUGGCGGUUUGUUUAAUGUUCUUACUGGUCUGGCUUAUGAUAUUCCAAUGUGUGUGCAGCCUAUGAAAGCUAUCGCUGCAACUGCCAUUGCAUCCAACAUGACCCAGGCUCAGAUCGUUAGUGCAGGCAUGUUUGUAUCGUCUGUUUUGCUAUUUCUUGGCGUUACUCGUUUGAUCCAUGUGGUCAACAAGUAUAUUCCUGUUACCAUUGUUCGUGGUAUUCAAAUGGGUGCUGGUCUGACUCUAGUCAUGAAGGGUGCUGAUUCUAUUCUCAAGGCCAAUCUUUAUUCUUUUGCUGCUUACGAUUGGAUGGAUAAUUUUGUGGUUGCGCUCUUGUGCUUUAUUCUCGUGAUGGCCUUGUAUCGUGCUAAAAUAAACCCAUCUGCCCUGAUCAUCUUUGCCAUUGGAAUUCUGCUUGCAUGCAUUCGAUUGUAUUCUCACGGAGACUCCCCGCCUUCGCCUAAUCUAUCGUUUCCAUCUCCGACCGCACCUUCGUCUUCUGAUUUCGCUAUUGGAAUACUAAAGGCUGGAAUUGGUCAACUUCCAUUGACUCUGCUAAAUUCUGUUAUUGCUGUUUCCAAACUCGCUGAUGAUCUUUAUCCCAACAAGGCUAAACCUGUUGCGCCAGUAUCGUCUAUCGCUAUUUUUGUCGGUGUGAUGAAUCUUACUGGUGGUUGGUUUGGUUCAACCCCUUACUGUCACGGUUCUGGUGGUCUUGCUGCACAAUACCGAUUUGGUGCUCGAACUGGAACGAGUGUGAUUCUGCUUGGUAUUUUCAAGAUCCUCAUUGGCUUAAUUUUUGGCAAUACUCUUUUGGUUAUUUUCCAAAUGAUCCCAAAAACCAUUCUUGGUGUGAUGUUGGCCAUUGCUGGAAUGGAGUUAGCUUCAUGUGCUCGUGAUCUGCACAAUCUUUCUGAUCCUGCCGAGUAUCAAGACAACUAUAUUAUUUUGAUAGUUACUGUUGGUGGUAUUCUUGGGUUUAAAAAUGAUGGUAUUGGGUUUGCAUUGGGUUGUAUU